GUUUCUCUCCCUCUCUCUCACUUACACAGACAGCAAGCUUUCUUUCUGAAGCUGUUUUUCCUGUGUCUUCGACAAUAUCCACAAAGCCUGAUUCUUCCUUUCGCCUGCACGAAUCCAUCACUAAGUUGACGGGCGAAGCAAUUUUGCAAAUUGCUAGCAAGCCAGUUCUGCCUUUUAAUGCCCUGGAUAUUGCAUUGGAAGUUCAGAAGAACCUGCAAGACGACCCUCAUAAUGUUGGCAAUUUGCUGAAGGUGGCCUAUGCUUUGCGGGAGAGCGCAGAAUUGUUUCAAUCAGAUGAGAUGCGGCCAGCCAACGACCCAAAAGAAAGAGCUCCUGCCCGUAUCAGGAUGUUGAAUGACAUACUGCAGAGUCUUGAGAAAAACUUCUUAGUUUCAAGUGUUCCACCUGGUUUUUACAGAAAUAUCCUUUAUCGACUAGAUGACAGGAAACAGCAAUUUUCAGUACUCCUGGAGGCAGCAGAGCACUGGAAGUUACAUCAGUCCAAUGAGACUCUACAAGCUAUCUUGUCAAAAGUGUUCAACAGUUUCAACUCAGCUCAGUGAUGCUUAUUAUACAUCCACACGCAAAUAUUAAGAACUGGAAUGUUACAAAAUGAAAUGACAGCAAUUUUGAUUGUAAUUAUUAGUUCGGUCCUGAAUUACACUUUUCUUCCUUCAAGAAAAUAAACUGACAUAAUGAUUUCAAUCUAAUGUAUGAUGCAUUGAUUUAUAAGCUGAAAAAAUGUGUUAUUUUAACAAACUGCUUAUCAAUAAAUUAUAUUUUAAAUUUCUGAA